CAUCAGCCAUGGUCAAUGCCACUGGGUUCUUCAACAUCACUAACAACAGUGAGCCCUUGGGCCACAUCUCCUUUGAGCUGUUUGCAGACAACGUUCCCAAAACAGCAGAAAACUUUAAUGCUUUGAGCCCUGGAGAGAAAGGAUUUGGUUAUAAGAAUGCCUGCUUUCACAGAAUUAUUGCAGGGAGCCGGGAUGGUGACUUCACACACCAUAAUGGUACUGGCAAGUCCAUCUUUGGUGAGAAACUUGAUUAUCAGAACUUCAUCUUGAAACACACAGGUCCUGGCAUCUUGGCCAUCACAAAUGCUGGGCCCAAAACAAACAGUUCUCAGUUUUUCAUCUACACUAUCAAGACUGAGUAGUUGAAUGGCAAGCACGUAAUCUUUGGCAAGAUGAAAAAGAGUAUGAAUACUGUGGACACCAUGGAGCUUGGGUCUGAGAAUGGCAAGAUCAGCAAGAUCACCACUGCUGAUUGUGUACAAGUCUAA